AUGGUGGAUUGUGAAAAUACUGCUCACACGGAAAACAAAAUGAAAAAAUUGGAGUUGUUGAAAAUAUUUUUCACAGAGAGAUUAGCUGCGGCUGCAGAUGAGAUAUUUGGGGCUGUGAAGGGUACGAUAGUUGAGUACCAGACAGAAAUCGUUCGUUCCAAGGAGGAGAACAAUCAUCUCCGAAAGCUGCUGGAUAUCGCUGUCCAGCGCGUUCUACUUCAAACAGGUAGCUAGUUAGCGGAAUGAACGCUAGGCUACCAACCUACUUUUAUUUCGCAAAAUGAGGGAAUUGGUUGUUGUUGAACUCCAUUAGCUAAUCUAUAGAAAACACAAUACCAGAAUGUGUUUAUACUUUUAUUCCUAAGUAUUCGAGAAUAUGAAUAGCCUAUUAGAUACCGACCCUAUCGUUACGCUUGUUUACAUUGAGCUGCACUGGGGUGGGAACCCAUUCAUCGUUACAUUGACACCUUUUACAACGGGUGGGUCUAAUCCUGAAUGCUGAUUGGUUAAAACCGCAUUCCAGCCGGUGUCUAUUCCACAAAUUAUCACCAGCUAUAUCUGUGAUGUUAAAAUGCCUAUUUACUCUAAUCCAUCUGACUGCACAAUCCAAAUAAACUUGAUAAACUUGAUCUCCAGUAUAAAAAUUAUCUAGACAUGAUCUCACAUUUCUUUUAGACUAGUAUUUAGUUUUCAACAGCGGAGAUUUGUAUAAACCUUGCUGUCUGUAUCCAACAUUUGCAACAUUAUUUCAAUAUUCAAAUUCAAUCUCCAGAUGUCCCAUAUUAAUGAACGCGUCGGGAUGAGACAGGAAGGCAGCUUUUCUCAGCCAGUCGAAAUCAUGAAUCAGCAUUAUUUUUAUGGAUUAUAUACUAAAGUUAUUUGUAUAUAUAUAUAUAUAUAUAUAUAUAUCCAUAAAAAUGAUGCUGAUUCAUGAUUCAAUAGAAAACAGGUAAAACGAAACAAAGUGCAGCUAGUAUGCUGUCUUUCCAGCUUCAAUUUGAAGUGAUUGUGUUAGCUGUGUUGUUGGCUAGCUCCUCUGUGAUGCUGAAAUAGAAUUGCCUUCACCCGACUUUCUUAAUUUAUUUUUCCUCUAGACUGUCAUGCUAUCCAUCUCACCGAAGAUGCAUCUUCACCUGAGCAGCAGCAUCGUGAGCAGGAGCGGACGCCCGGUCUAGGCCAGGAGGACCCAGAGUCCACACAGAUUAAAGAGGAACAGGAGCUCAGAAACAGUCCAGAGGAAGAGCAGCUUCAAGGGCUGGAGUCUGAAACCAAAGGAGAAUCCAUAUAUACGCCUCCCUUUGUGAAAAGUUACUGUGAUCAGGACCUACCUCAGCCUUCACAUCUUCCCCAAACCGUGGACAACAGAGAAGGAGACUCUUUAGCUAGGACCAUAUCUAAUAAGCAGAUCAAAAUAGAGAAUGAAGGAGAAGGCUACAGCACAUCAGAACCAACCAGUGACUUACAGCCUGUAUUCACCGUGAAUUCAGACUGUCUUGCAGCUCGGAGUGAAAACAGUGCCCAACCCAAUAUCAACAAUAGAAUUCAGAGAGGACUCUCAGAAUAUAAGGCCCCACAGCCACAGGGAACAUAUGAAAGAGAAAGUAUAGGUCUACACAUACAU